AUGGAAUAUCGAGGCGUCCUCAUCUCGGUCGACGGUUACAUGAAUGUCCAGAUGGCUAACGCAGAGGAAUACAUUGAUGGAACAAACACUGGAGCUUUGGGAGAAAUUUUAAUAAGAUCUCGUUCACCAAAGCGUCAUGCCGGUCCUAAACGGCGGAAACGGUUGCUAACGCCAAAACGUGCUCGACGUGAAGAAUCACCAGGAAAGGCAAAAGAAAAUGAAGCUCCUCAAAAAGUAUGCAAGAAAACUUUGUUGAGG